AUGGGUGCAGCGGUGGCUCGCGUAUUGCAUGAGGUGGCCGCACGUCUGCCACGCCUGCCGCCCGCCCGGCAUGGUACUCUACUGGCCGUCGCACUCGGCGCUGGCUACGUGCUCCUGCGCCAGCGCCUCGUACCCAAGUGGGCCACGCAGAAGUGGUUCCUGCUCUCCACCACCGCGCUGAUGAUUCCGUCCUGUGCGCUUGCCUACCUACUUGAUCCACUCCGCUACCUCGGGGUGCCGCGGCUGUGUGUGCAAAACGUCUGCGUCUUUAUCCUUAGCCACUCCUUCAAGGCCAUCUGGUGGCUUAACCCGCAGAUCCGCAUGCACGUGAAAUUUGACGCCAAUGGAGAUAAAAAGCCGGCGUGCUGGGACGACAUCUCCCGCACUGGGGUUGCCUUCAUGCUGAACCACACCUCCUUCUGGGACCCCUUCCAAAUGAUUGGCAUUACGCCCACAGCGCACCUCAUGCAGACCCGCACACUGAUGAAGUCGUCGCUGCGCAAAAUCCCGAUCUUCGGUGGCAUCUUCGACCGUGUCGGGCACUUUCCAGUGCACUUCAAGUCGGACUCGGCCUGUAGCUUUGAGGUGGACAAGGAGCGGCAAGCGCAGGUGCAGCAGGCGAUCGACGCCCACCUGCGCCUCGGCGGCAGCCUCGCAAUGUUCCCUGAAGGCGCCAUCAACAAACACCCGCAGGUGCUGCUGACGUUCCGCUACGGCACCUUCGCCACCAUCAUCAAGCAUCGCAUGGAAGUCUACUACAUGGUCUCUGUUGGCAGCGAGAAGACGUGGCCGUUGGGGAUGCUUUAUGGUGGGCUACCGGCAGACAUCUACAUCCGCAUUGGUGCCUACCCGAUCGACUACGACAGAGACUCCAGCAAAAGCCUCGCGGUGGGGCUGCAGAAGCGCAUGCAGGAGGUGCGGGACGAGAUCGCAGCGGAGGUGGCCGCCGCGGAGGAGGCGGAGCGGCGGCGCAGGGGUCUGGUGUCGGAGGCGAAGGAGACGAUCAUACGGAGCGUUAAGCCGCUCCGCGCUCCUCGUGAAGCCCAUGCGGCAACCUUGACGGCAUAA